AUGGAUGGGCCUAAGGAGGGGGGACUCAGGAAUGUGAGCUCAACAUGCUCCAUAUCGGAAAUGGAUGACUUUGAUCUCUCGCGCCUCCUUGACAAGCCGAGGCUGAAUAUUGAAAGGCAAAGAUCAUUUGAUGAGAGAUCGCUAAGUGAGCUCUCAAUCGGGCUGGGAAGAGGAGGACAUGAUAAUUAUGAGAACACUUACUCGCCUGGUGCACGGUCGGGGUUCGACACACCAGCCUCGUCUACUAGGAACUCGUUCGAACCCCAUCCAAUGGUGGCAGAUGCUUGGGAAUCUCUUAGAAAAUCUAUUGUGUACUUUAAAGGUCAGCCGGUUGGAACUAUUGCUGCUGUUGACCAUGCCUCUGAGGAGGUUUUGAACUAUGAUCAGGUCUUUGUGCGUGAUUUUGUACCAAGUGCUCUGGCGUUUCUCAUGAAUGGAGAGCCUGAGAUAGUAAAGAAUUUUCUCUUAAAAACAUUGCUUCUUCAAGGGUGGGAGAAGAGGAUAGAUAGAUUCAAGCUCGGAGAAGGAGCUAUGCCUGCUAGUUUUAAAGUUCUUCAUGACCCUGAAAGAAAAACUGAUACCUUGAUUGCGGAUUUCGGUGAGAGUGCCAUUGGAAGGGUUGCUCCAGUUGAUUCUGGAUUCUGGUGGAUCAUCUUGCUACGAGCUUAUACAAAGUCAACUGGGGAUAUGACACUGUCGGAGACUCCAGAAUGUCAAAAGGGAAUGAGACUUAUACUCUCAUUGUGUUUGUCAGAAGGGUUUGAUACAUUUCCUACCUUGCUUUGUGCUGAUGGAUGCUCUAUGAUUGAUCGCAGAAUGGGUGUAUAUGGCUAUCCCAUUGAAAUCCAAUCACUCUUCUUCAUGGCAUUGCGGUCUUCUCUAUCCAUGUUGAAACAUGACACAGAAGGCAAUGAGUUCAUUGAGAAGAUCGUGAAACGGUUGCACGCCUUGAGUUUCCACAUGCGGAGUUACUUCUGGCUGGACUUCCAACAGCUAAAUGACAUAUACAGAUAUAAAACCGAGGAGUACUCACACACUGCAGUAAAUAAGUUUAACGUGAUCCCCGAUUCUAUUCCCGAUUGGGUGUUCGACUUUAUGCCAACCCGCGGUGGCUACUUCAUUGGCAAUGUGAGUCCAGCAAGGAUGGAUUUCCGAUGGUUCGCUUUGGGGAAUUGUGUUGCCAUCCUAGCGUCUCUCACCACUCCGGAACAGUCGAUGGCCAUCAUGGAUCUCAUCGAAUCUCGCUGGGAGGAGUUGGUUGGAGAAAUGCCUCUCAAAAUUGCUUAUCCUGCUAUAGAGAGCCAUGAAUGGCGCAUUGUCACGGGCUGUGAUCCCAAGAACACGAGGUGGAGCUAUCACAAUGGCGGGUCUUGGCCAGUACUUUUGUGGAUGCUGACUGCUGCCUGCAUCAAGACGGGAAGACCCCAAAUUGCGAGAAGAGCGAUCGAUCUUGCCGAGCAACGGCUGCUGAAGGACGGUUGGCCGGAGUACUACGACGGGAAGCUCGGUAGAUAUGUAGGUAAGCAGGCAAGGAAGUAUCAGACAUGGUCCAUCGCUGGAUAUCUGGUGGCAAAGAUGCUGCUCGAGGAUCCUUCGCACUUGGGAAUGAUUUCACUCGAAGAGGACAAGCAGAUGAAGCCUGUGCUCAAGAGAUCAAGCUCUUGGACUUGCUGA